UGCACAAAAUUUUAGUUAACAAUUGGGACACCAUCUUUCUUAGGGUUUAUGGUGAGAGAAAAACCCUUGAAAGAGUGUUGUUUUGGAACUCUAUUUUUCAUCCACAAAAUCCAAAACUCUGUUCGCCAAUUUGGUUACAAGUUCACCGUAAUAUAGUUUUGUAGACGCUCGUUGACUUCUUUACUUUGCUGUUCUCAUAAACGAGGAUAAACGGAAGAUUUGCUGCAGGUUCUUGAGUGGGUUUGAUCUUCCGUGUUCAAUUCAAACUGCCAUGGGCUCUUCGAAGAGAAAAGUGGGUCAAAAUAUGCCCAGAGAAUCUUCGCCGAAGCACCACAAAGCUAAUGCCCCUGCCAUGGUUGAAGACGAACCAGUUGCGUGUGUUCAUGACGUGUCCUACCCCGAGGGUUCAUUUAAUCCUCUCCCAUCAUUGAGUCUCUCUUCGUCUGGAGGGAAGUUGGAACCGGCUAAGGUGUUCCCUUUCUCUCUGGACCCCUUUCAGUCUGAGGCUAUCAAAUGCUUAGAGAAUGGAGAAUCUGUCAUGGUAUCUGCUCAUACAUCAGCUGGUAAAACUGUAGUGGCUUCGUAUGCAAUUGCAAUGUCUCUUCGGAAUAAACAGCGUGUCAUAUAUACGUCACCAAUAAAGGCCCUCAGCAACCAAAAAUAUAGGGAAUUUAAGGAAGAAUUCUCGGAUGUUGGUUUAAUGACUGGGGAUGUAACAAUUGAACCAAAUGCUUCUUGUCUGGUCAUGACCACAGAAAUUUGGCGUAGCAUGCAGUACAAAGGAUCAGAGGUAACACGGGAAGUGGCAUGGAUUAUUNAUAAAAUCUUACAACUUCCCAAAAGAACAAAUAAGUCAUUGUACUAA